AUGUUGUUCGAGAACGGCCCGUGUCUGAUGGACGGACCCAACGCCACCAGGUUCAACCCGAACUCCUGGACAGAGCACUUCAACGUCGUGUACCUGGACCAGCCGGCCGGCGUGGGCUUCUCCUACGUCGACAACAGGACCGGCGGGAAGCCGCCGGCCAUGCCGUCCCGCACGCCGGCGUCGUCUCUGGACUCCGUCGCCUUCAUCCGGCUGCUGUACGAGGCCUUCCCCCCGCUCGCGUCCGUCAACCUCCACCUGUCCGGAGAGUCGUUUGCCGGGCGCUACGUCCCCACGCUCGCCGCCAGCAUCCUCGAGUACAACUCCUUCUUCGACCACACGCCGGACGCCCGCGGCGCCGUCAUCCCCCUGCGGUCCAUCCUGGUCGGGAACCCGUGGAUCGACCCGGCCGUCCAGGCGCCCUCCAUGCACGAAGUCAGCUGCUUCGACGGCUGGCGGGGCGGGUAUCCCCGGCACCUCGAGGAGGACGACUGCAAGGCCCUCGGAGGAGCCCUGCCGCGGUGCGAGAAGCUGCUGCGGGCCUGCGAGCAGGGCGGCGCCGCGUCGCCCCUGUGCGCCAUGGCCGUCGACGCGUGCGGGGCCGACUACCUGGAGGUCUUCCAGAAGGCCACGCGCAGCGUCUACGACAGGCGGCGCCGGCACUGCCCGGGACCGGGGAACUGCUACCCGGACGUCGCGGACCCCGUCCGGUACCUCAACUCGCCGGCGGUCCUGGACGGCGAGCUCGAGGUCGCGCUGCGGACGCGGGGCGCCAAAACCAGGUGGGAGAUGGAGGACUGGCCCACGUUCCAGAGGUUCUCGGCAUCGGGCGACUUCGUCGCGCCGACGACGGCCGCGCUCCGUGCGCUGCUGGAGUAUUCUCGCGAUAGUAGCAACAGGGCCGGCGGCGCAUCUCCGAGGCCGCUCGACGUGCUCUUGUACGUCGGGGUGACGGACAUCAUCUGCAACCCCGACGGCGUCCUCGAGGCGCUCCGGGGCAUCGAGUGGGAGGGCAAGGCGUCCUUCCGAGGCACACCGUGGGCAGAACUGCCGUGGGAGGCGUUGUCUGGUGGACGGGCCGGCCGGGUCAAGUCGGUUCCCGGCCUUUGGUUGGCAGAGGUUGAAGAAGCCGGUCACAUGGUCCCGUAUGACCAGCCGGUGUCCUCGCUGAAACUCGUCAAACACUGGCUCGAUCACCUCGACGGGCGGGACGGAAAGGGACGACGGCCUGUUUCCGAGGCCGCGGGCUUCUCACAGGAUCAGUCUGGCCAAUCUGUGUUGGAGGACGACAGGGGCGUUGAUGAGCUGUGA